GACCAGCAGGAGUCAGUAUAGGGUAAGGAACAACAAAACAACACAGUACGAAGAAGAAAAUCCUCGCGGCAUAAACAUUUAACCUUCAAAGAGAGGCUGUUACAAAUUACCGCGUUUGCUUCUGAAAUCGUCGAUAAGGUAAUAAUAAUACUAAUAACAUGAGUGAAGAUGACCGUCCUCCUUCGACACUCAAAGACAAAGACUCCACUCUCCUGCUUACUAAAGACGGACAGCGCUACUACGUGAGUAAGAGCGGCGCGGUGGACAGUAGAAAUGUAAUAACGCCGCACGAAGCGGACAACAACGUCUCCUAUGACAUGGACGACGCGGACGAGGAAAGCGACGUGUUGGACACAUCAGACCCCAGAGACAGCGCUGCCAGUCCAGAGGAGCCCAACGACGAGGAAACGUCAGAGGGAGACAAUGCCCCGAAACAGUGCACGUAUGUGGGGUGCAACGAGACCACCACCCAGGUGGCCAAGCAGAGGAAGCCGUGGAUGUGCAAGAAACACCGCAACAAGAUGUACAAGGAUAAGUACAAGAAGAAGAAAAGCAACCAGGCCAUGUCCAGUGGAAAAUUAGACGAAAACUCUGAGGAGCGACCCGUGUCUGUGAACAAACAGCGGCUUGGUGCCAUGGGGGACAGACCUGCCCGCCCCUCCCUGAUAGAGCAAGUCCUUAAUCAGAAGAGACUGUCGCUGCUCAGAAGUCCAGAGGUGAUCAGUUUCCUGCAGCAGCAGCAGGAGCUCCUGGCCGCACAGAGCCGCAGCCAAUCACAGGGCCACUUCCAGGGUUGCUGACAUCGGCUGUUGAAUACAACACCAUCGUUUCUUGUGUUUGUUUACGCAGGUCUGUAAAGCCCGGAGCCUCUUCUCCUCCUGCAGCCUCUGCUCAGCGCCACUCAGCCUCGCCGGCGUCAGUUUGGCUGGAACCGCAGCACAUGCUGGCGAGAUCACUACGCCGAUACUCCCGGAACUUUUUUGAAGAUUUCGGGGGUUUAAAAUGCAGCUGCGUGGAUGCGCGUGUGCCCGUCACCUGAGCGGGGAACCAGUUAUAUCCAGAGUCAAAUGGCUUAAAUUGGCUCUUACUAAAAGAUAACAGGUUUUUCCAAGAUAUUUGGCCAGAAACGAAUCGUUUUAUAUAUAUAUAUAUAUAUAAAUUAAACAUUGGCUUGUUGUGCUUCUUGAUACUUUACCACUUUCAAAGUAAUUAAUAGAUGUCUGUAUUUCAUCUUUAAUUGUAAUAUGAACGACACAUCUGCUCUGCUUCUUUAAGUUAUAGGUGGAAUAACACACACACAGGUCUUUACCAAUGCGGAUGGAUACAAGUCUUCAUCGGGAGUGUGCUGUCUGGUCCAGUUAAUGACGCAAGCCCGGCUGGCGACAGUGAGUCUACAAGUUUGACAUUUUCACAGUUUACAGCAACUGCUGCGGAACGUAACAAUACUCCGGAACACUGAGUGAAACCACUCUGGGGAUCGUGACUAUAACCUUAUGAUAUUCUCUUUUCACCCAGCGGCAGGGUGAUCAUAAAAAUGCACCACUCAGGAAUGAUGCUGAUGUGGGAUGAAUAGGUGAUGGAAGAGGAUGAUGGUGGAGACACUGGUCCCCUAGGGGCUAGAUCAUGAGACAAUGUAGACUUUUUUUUUUCUCGUUGUCUUAUUCAUUUAAAACCUCAUCCAAUAAUGUUUGAUUCAUCGGCUCGUUUUCAUACCUUUCCUUCAAGUCACCUGCUGUUGAGAAAUAGGUUUAUCUUUAUACUCGCUUUCCCACAAUGUGGCAUAAAUAAUUAACAUUUUUAUAUCCAUUAAUCCACAAUUGCUUGACAAACAUUUCAACAAACUUUUUUCCCCCCUAACAAACGAGUGAGAUGAUGAUUCAUCCACAGUGUUUGUCUUGUCUGGUGACAGAGGACUGAGACAGACAGAGGACAAACAGGAUGCUCUUCCUUGUGUCUCCAGGAGGUCUCAGAAACAUCCGAUUCACAACCCACAAACUGUAAACCCCGGGCGAACAGCCUCACACAAACAACUUCGUUUACAUCCAGGGCUGUAGAAUUUACAGUACGCUUUAUGAGGUGAAGGGCUCAGAAGGAGAUGAUUCAAAAGAAAUCAUGAAUCGGACACAGGGGAUGACGACAGAAUGAGGAGUUUAGAAUUCUUUGGUCUUCUUCAUGUUAACAGAAGAAAAACAUGUUAUAAUGCAAAAAAUCCCCAAGCCUUUAUAUUUAUAUACUGGACCUGAAGGUUUGAACAAAGUAAAAUUAUUUCACUUAAACCUCUUAAGGUUCUAAAGGUUCUAGGUUCAACAUUCUCUCUGUUAAUAUUGUAAUAAUUAUGCUUAAUAAUUAAGCAGAGUGAGAGAUUAUUUAUCCAGUUGUGGGCUUGAAAAUUGAUUAAUU